AUGGAGAGGUUUUUUAAAUCUAUACCAAAAAGUAUUGAAACAAGAACGGGAUCAGCGUUUGAUGUAAGUAUUGUUGCACAAAAGAAAAGCCGUGUUGAGUUUGAUCCGAGUGAUAUCAUUGCUGACCCAGGGCUUCGAAAACCAAUCGAGGAAUAUGACACAGGAAUAAGAGAUCAAGUAAGGAGAGAGUAUUUGUUAAUGGGUCCAUGUCAACCAGUUGGCCACAAUUUCCCUAGAAAACAACAAGGAAAAGAUUUGAGAAGCUUUAAAGAAGUGUGGUUUCAGAAAUUUGAUUGGUUGGAAUAUAGUAUGGAGAAAGAUGCAGCUUAUUGUUUUUAUUGCUAUCUUUUUAAGCAACAAACGGGUGAUAAUCUUGGGAUUGAUGCCUUCACGAAGACAGGGUUUAGCAAUUGGAAGAAAACAAUGGAAGUUUCCACUGAGCAUGUUGGUGGAGUUAAUAGCAACCACAACAAUGCAAGGCGACAUUGUGAGGAUUUAAAAAAUCAGAGGCAAAGCGUGUCGCAUAUAUUCUCUUCUCAUAGUAGAGAAAUGGAGGUUGCAUAUAGAGCUCGAGUCACUGUUGUUUUACGUGUUGUUAGAUUUCUUCUGUUGCAAGGUCUUGCUUUUCGUGGACAUGAUGAAUCUUCAAGUUCCACUAACAGGGGCAACUUUUUAGAGAUGAUGAAUUGGUAUGGAACAGAAGUUGAAAGUGUUGGUCGUGUGAUUAAUGAAAAUGAACCUGGAAAUAAUCAAAUGACCUCUCCACAAAUACAGAAAGAAUUAGUGAGGGCUUGUGCAGAAGAGACCACGCGGGCUAUUAUUGAUGAGAUUGGAGAUAGUCAUUUCUCUAUACUUCUUGAUGAGUCUCAUGAAAAAUCAGUAAAAGAGCAAAUGGUUGUGAUUGUAAGGUUUGUGAAUAAGCAAGGUCAAGUAAUUGAAAGAUUUCUUGCUGUUGAACAUGUUGCUGAUACUUCAACCCCUUCAUUAAAGACAGCUUUGGAUGGAUUGUUUGCCCAUUUUGGUCUAUCUAUUUCUAGAUUGAGAAGGCAAGGAUAUGAUGGAGCCUCUAAUAUGAAAAGGCAAUUUAAUGGGUUGAAGACAUUAAUUUUGAAUGAAAAUCCAUUUGUUUUUUAUGUCCAUUGCUUUGCCCACCAAUUACAGUUGGUUGUAGUUUCUGUUGCGGGGAACAUUUUGGCUAUUAGUGAUUUUUUCAGCUAUGUCACUAUAAUUGUUAACAUUGUGGGUGCUUCUUGUAAAAGGAGAUAUGCAUUGCUUCAGAAGCACCAUGAUAAGAUUGUGGAGAAAUUGGAGAAAGGUGAGAUCUUUUCAGGAAGAGGCCAACAUCAAGAGACUAAUCUUGCAAGACCCGGUGAUACUAGGUGGGGCUCACAUUAUACAACUUUAAUCCAUCUAUUUACCAUGUGGGAGUCAGUAUUAGAGGUGUUAGAGAAUGUGUGUAAUGAUGGAAAUGUUGCAGAGCAAAGAGGCAUAGCAUCGGGUUUGAUACAAAGGAUGGAGAGUUUUGAAUUUAUAUUUAUCUUACAUCUGAUGAUCAAAGUACUGGGAUUAACUAAUGAUUUGUCAAAUGCCUUGCAGCAGAAAGAUCAAAACAUUGUUAAUGCAAUGGGGUUGAUUGUAACUGUGAAAGAACUUAUGCAAGACUUGAGAGAAAAUGGAUGGGGUACAUUUUUAGAAGAAAUCAAGAGCUUCUGUGUUGAAAUGUCAGUUUCAGUGCCUAAUAUGGAAGAUAGUAUACCAGUUCGUGGUCGUUCGAGACGUGGAGGGCAAUUGGUUACUUAUUACCAUCAUUAUCAUGCAGAGAUCUUUAUUGUAGUGAUUGAUUUACUUACUGCUGAGAUGAAUAACCGAUUUAGUGAAACUUCUACAGAGUUAUUAAGAUGCAUUGCUUGUCUUGAUCCAAGAAACUCUUUUUCCAGAUUCGAUCAUGGUAUGCUUGUUCGACUUGCUCAGCUUUACUCUAAUGAUUUCUCCACAUCUGAUCAUCUUAUCUUGAAAGAGCAACUUCGCAUAUAUAUUCAUGAUGUGAGAAGAAAUUCUGAUUUUUCAAAUUGUCAUGAUCUUGCAAGUCUUGAUGUGAAGAUGGUUCAAUUUGAUUAA